GAGACAGUCGGGUGUCAGAGUCUCCAGCUCCGGCUGCUCUCGCCGCUGCUGUUGGCGGAGUCUGUGCGGGAGCCCGCCCCCUUUCCAUCGGGCAUGCUGGGAUGUGUGUUUUACACCUCAGGAAUGGCGAGCUAGAGGAUCGCUCUGGGGACACGCACAUCUUCACUAGUCCGCAGUCUUGGACUACCCUCGGGAACCCUGCGAGCUGCAGCAGCUGCGCGCGCUGAGGCGGGAGAAGUGAGCAGAAGCUCAACCCGGGACUGAGCUGAGCUGAGCUGAGCGGCGCGGAGCCGUCGACUGUGCGGAGUUCAGAGCGCGGAGUGUGGGGAGCUAAGCUGGCACUUCCUGGGGUGUAAGGGACUGAGCUCCUGUCAGUAUGGAUGCACAACCACAAGGCCAGCAGCCAUCAAUUACAGUGCGUCAACCACAGAAGCAGCUGCAGUCUGAACCCCCUACGAUCAAUGUAGACAUGGGCUACAACACCUUAUCCAAUUUUCAGAUUGAGAAGAAGAUCGGGAGGGGCCAGUUUAGCGAGGUCUAUCGAGCCAGAUACUUGAUAAACAACACGGCAGUAGCUUUGAAAAAAAUACAGAUAUUCGAUUUGAUGGAUGCCAAAGCUCGGCAAGAUUGCAUCAAAGAGAUAGAUCUCCUGAAGCAAUUGAACCACCCCAACGUAAUUAAAUAUCACGCGUCCUUCAUCGAAGAGAACGAGUUAAACAUAGUACUGGAACUUGCGGACGCUGGGGACCUCUCACGUAUGAUAAAGCAUUUCAAGAAACAGAGGAGGCUGAUCCCUGAAAAGACUGUGUGGAAGUACUUUGUUCAGCUGUGUAGUGCGCUGGAGCACAUGCACUCCCGACGCGUCAUGCACAGAGACAUAAAACCAGCCAACGUGUUCAUCACAGCCACUGGAGUGGUGAAACUGGGUGACCUGGGAUUGGGACGCUUCUUCAGCUCCAAAACCACUGCAGCGCAUUCUCUAGGCACCCCUUAUUACAUGUCUCCCGAGAGGAUACACGAAAACGGAUAUAACUUCAAAUCUGACAUCUGGUCGCUAGGCUGUCUGCUCUACGAGAUGGCUGCUCUCCAGAGCCCGUUUUAUGGGGACAAGAUGAACCUGUACUCCCUGUGUAAAAAGAUUGAGCAGUGUGACUACCCUCCCCUUCCGUCUGAUCACUACUCAGAAGAGCUGAGAAAGCUGGUAGAUAUGUGCAUCAACCCGGACCCGGAGAGGCGGCCCGACAUCGCCUACGUGUACAACAUCGCCAAGCACAUGCACGCUCUGACGCUCGCGAACUGACUCCAUCACCCUGCCUCUCCAUCUGCUGCUUGCUCCUCCGCUGGACGGCCCACUACGGGAUGACGUCCUGCCAGCAUCUUUGUUUUUUUGCCUUUGUCAUGCUGUUGUCAUGUAAACUACUCCAUAUCUCCAUCGUAUAAUAAUAAUAAUAAUACCACCAAACACAGGGUGGGAUUGCCUUAAAACAUCAACAUACUGUUUUUUUCCGUUUUUACAGAGCCACAAAAUACCAAAGAUAUCACUGGUCACUAAACUCGGUAGCAGUUCUAUGCAACUUUAGUAGAAACUAGAAACUCAAAGUAUGGCUAUGUUUACACAGCAGUAAAAGUGGCUCAAAUUUGAUUCUUCUUCACCAAAUCCAUUAAUUUUACCCCUAUCUAACAUCUCAUCUCUCUGAACAGUCUGAGUGCUGAGUAUUGCUUCACAUAAAGUUUCGGUUUCAUCCAUCCCAGCCUCAAAGAAGCUAUGAAGGUAUUAAAACUGACAGCAGUGUUUAUUGUCAAGAAUCCCUUCAAGUUUAAGAAAGAAUGCCUUAUUUAGCCGCCGGUUUCUUUUUUUGAUUUGUGUCCUUCAUUUCUUUAAACAUAAUUUCUUUAAGCGUUUAAAUGAGUUUAGCGCUAAAAAUCACCCGUUUCAGUAGAAACACUGAGUGCCUUCUCAUAUCAUUGGAACAGAGACAUUACCCCCAAUAGUUAUGAGGUUUAUUACCUCAUUAUCCCUCUAAUGAAACCCUUAUUCAUUGCUGUUGUCCAUUUUCGCUUUUAUUCCUUUAUUAUUUAUGUCUAUUUUAAUGUCUCUUUUACGCUCUUUUUUCUUCUGCUUGUAAAAGUAAAAACGUAAUGGUUUAAGCAUAAAUACCAAUCUGUCUGUUCAGACUGAGUCACAAUUCUGUGAUCAGAUACGUUAUAUUUCAGUACCACAUACCGAAGUGGUCUAAAUGAGAAUUGAAAAUGUAAUUUGUGUGUUUUUUUGCGGAUCACACUGUCUCACAUAUGCCGAAAAAGAUCAGAUUUGGGCCUCUUUUACCUGCUGUGUUGAACAUAGCCUGUGUGUGUGUUAUAUGCACUCAUACAGAUACAAUUUACCACCUAAAAGUGAAGAGUUGCAAAAGACAGAGCGCAUAUGCAAAAGUGCACAAAAGAAAUCCAGAAAAAAAAAAAAAAAAAAAAAGUGCCUAAACACAGAAGAAACCCACAGCCUUAAAGCCACAGCUAAAGUCUUGCUGUUGCGCAGUUUUGGUUAUUGGUACAGAUGAUGCAACACCCUGAUCACUGAAUGUAAAUUCCUCUCUGUUCGAGAGGAAGCUACCCCACCCCCCCAUUUUUCUUUUCUUAUUUAGAUAUGCUUUGCAUGGUCCCAUGACACUUCUUGCAAAACCAUCUCACAACAAAUUUUUUUUUAUAAAAAAGGCAGAAAAGCUCCCUUGGUCUCUAUAAAAGUCAAGUGAAAUUCCCCUAAAAAGCUUCCCCAUUUGAACAGCUAGAGGCUUCUAGUUCUAUUAAAAGAGAAUGAAGUCAUCGUGGUAUUUGUUGCAGGAUGCACGGGCUUCAGAGUUAAUACCGUGCCUUACGAGUGCGAGCGCUUACCCCGCUUACACCGCUGCGUUUCUGCUGCGCUCCUGAAGAAGAAAGAAACAGCUGUAAUUUUGAAUUUUACACGAUAUUUCCAGAGAUCUGUGCUGUGGUUGUUUCUCACACUGAAGUUCAGUAGUUCUUAAAUCCCAUUAAUCUCAUUAGGGCUUGACAAUAAUUCAAUAUCAGUAUAAAUCACAAUAUGGAAUUUUUUAAUAACAAUCAUAUAAAGGAUUAUUAUUUUUUUCCCGUUUCUGGCGCUGACUGGUGUUCAUUACAGGAUGCAUCACAUGAAUUGGCAUAUUCUUAUGUCAGAAGUUAUAGAUUGUAGGUACAAACAUCCAUUAUUGGGUGUUUUUCUGUAGUUUUUCUUUUGUUCGUAUCAAUAUAUAUAAGAAUUAUGGAGAAUUAUAUUGUUGUAAGAAAUUAAGAAAUAUAUUUUAUGAUUCACAGUUUUGGCCAUAUCAUCCGAUUAUUUUGUCUGAAUACAAUCUACUUUCUAUUAUCACUUUUACAAUAGUAUAAACAGUAUAAACAGUUUGAACAUGUACAUUCUUCACAACAUAACUAAACAUUUUCAUUAAAAUGCUUCUAAUAUGACAUUUUAUUUUUUUACACUCUUCAAUCUCUAUUACAAACAUUAAGUUUGUUUUAUGGAACCAAUUUGAAUCUCCUUUAUUGUAAAGCAUGUACAAAAACAUCCAAUGCAGGUGUUUUAAUGUAGCUUUCCUUUUGUUCAUAUCAAUAUAAUAAUUAUAUUGUGUUCAAAGAAAUUAAGAAAUAUAUCGGUUAUCACUUUUCCAACAGUAUUAACAGUUUGAAUAAUUAAACUGAAUAAAUAACAAACGCUUCAGAUUUUCAGGUUUGUUAUUUUAAGCCAUAAAAUAAUCAAUCAACCUAAUAAAAAAAAAUGAACAUGUGUGAAAUGUGAAGGUUAUUUAUACUUUCACAUCUCUUAACAUAAACAUAACUAAUGCUUUAUGGAACCAAAAGCAUUUUUUCUUAUAUGGCAUCCUUCAAGAAACAAGUUGAAGCCUUUUUUGUUUUUUUAAGCGUGUACAAAAAAAGUACAAAACAGUUAAAUAUUUAUAGUAGAUUAUAUUAUAUUAUAUAGUAUGUUAUAUACAGACAUUGAAUACAUGUAGACUGUAGUAUAUGAUGAACAGCUUGACAAUCUUUAAAAGUGAAUUAAGGAUCUCUGAUGUAAUGAAGUCUUUUUUUCUUUUUUCUUUUUUAUUAUCUCCACUGUUGAAGCCUUUCUUGCCAGCGUGGGCCUUAACCAACUGUGGCCCUGUGUUUUAUUAUGCGAUGUGGAGAACAUGGAUGGAAUUGUAGAACUCCGAUAUUAAGACAUAUUGAAAAAUGUAACAAAAAAUAAAUAAAAUGAGGGGAAAAAAUGGAAUUUGGGGGAGAAAUGAAACAUAUUUCCUCGGGCCCUUCCAAAGAAACCAAAGAAAGUGUAGAUUAAAGUAGAUAAAGUGCCUUCCUUUUUUUUAUUGUGUCACAUAAACCAAAACCAUAAACAACAGUGUUCAGUCUGUGUUUGCCCAGCGCAUAUAAACUACAUGAGAUGUGUUUUAUCUUUUUUUUUUUUGAAAGCUUGUUUACAAGCACUAUUGUUCUUGAAAGCGAAGUUCUGCUCUGUCUCUUUUUGGUACAUUUACAAAUCUGUACAAAUCUUUGUGAGAGAAUUCUUCAUGCUAUGCUUCACGCUUGCAGUAAGUUUCCUCUUGGAGAGCUUAUACUGUAGAAUUUCAUUCACGCUUUGACUCGUUGCGAUUUCAUCAUCUGGUCUUGUUAAAUAAAAAGAAGUGCUUGAUGAAGUGGUUUGUGAUGCGUCACGGACGUGUUUAUAAAGAUUACGUGAGCGUCUGAGGUCGCGCUUUACAUUUGCGACGGCUAUAAUAGUGUACCGCCCUCCUCGUAUAGUGAAAUGAUUGAUUUGCUGUGGUAGUAUUUGUGUUAAAUGAAAAAUCUGUUGUUAACAGAUCAGAGUAGAUCAGAGCAUUUUAAGUGUUUACUUUUUAUUGUUAUAUUUAGCUUUAAUCAGUUUAUAACUGUUUAUUAUUGUUUUUUCUUUCUUUUCAGAUGUUUGUAUUGUUAAGGCAGUGGCCGGGUUGACUGUUGUUGCCUUCUAUAAACGUAUUUAUCAUGAUAUUAAACUCUGAGGCGGAGGGUCGGGUCGAGGAACAGUCACACAGGGUGUGAGUGUGUGUGUUUGAGUGUGUUGAAUGGCCGAGGCGUAUGAGGUAGUGCUCGUUAAAGAGGUCGGACAGUGUGCGUUCUUUUCUUUUCCCCCUUUUUUUUUUUCCUCUGUUUUUCUGUUUUUGUUUUUUAGGUUCCAGUGCCUCUCCGGUGAGAUUCAUGGUGAUGUGUUUACAAACGAAGCCUCUGCGAAACUUGACAGCGAGUGUGUUGUGGACUGAUCUGCUGUUGGCUAUCCUCAGUGUCACAUUCGUAGCCGGGUCACGUUCACCAGUGCAAUGUUGUGGAACGUUGAGUGCAGAGGUACCGUUCAUACAAGUUGGACAUAGCAUACACCCUUAUUCUAGUUGACAAAUCCUGCUUUAUAAACCAUCCAAACAUACAGCUGAACGUUUCACAGCGCGCCGCCCUGCUGAACCUGCACACCCCACUCAUUACUCUCUUUACUUACACCCACGUCCAUUGGGGGUGGGGAGGGGGGCAGGGGGAGGAAAGAAACACCUGUUAUUUAUUUAUCUUUUGUUUUUGUUUUUUUGUUUUUAAUUUUGUUUUCAAUGGAUCAGUCGAACAUUUACAUGUCUAACAUUCAUUCAAGAUGCACAUUAAUACUUUCUACGCUAACUGAAAAUGAAAUAAAAUUUUAAUUACUGUC